AUGGUGGAUCUUGAGAAUUUGAUGGAUCAUCAAGGUUACCAUGAAGAGAAGUAUGUGAAGAAGGAGAUUAAGAAGCGGAGGCCACGAGAUAUAACUCGUGUUGGAUGCCCUGCAAAAUUGGUGAUUGCACUAGAUCUAAACAGCGGGCAGUGGUAUGUGAAGAAUUUCAUCGAUGAACAUAACCAUCCGCUGGCUCCAGCCGACCUUGGUUGUCUGCUGCGUUCACAUCGAUCAAUCAGCGAUGCGCAGAAGGCUGAAAUUGUCGAGUUGGGGGUUGCUGGGAUCCGCAAACACCAGAUAUUUGAAAUUAUGGAGAUGCAGUACGGUGGGUAUGACAAGGUUGGCUAUACAUCAAGGGACUUGUAUAAUUUCUGCCAUCUCUAUAAGCAGGAGAUAAUUGUUGCUGGUGAUGCUCAAACAAUAAUCAGUCACCUGAUGGAACGUCAAAAUAGAGAUUCUGAUUUCUUUUUCAAGUACAUGACUGAUGGGGAAGGAUACCUGCAGGGCAUGUUCUGGUGUGAUACUCAAUGUCUGCUUGAUUAUGAAGCAUUUGGUGAUGUUGUGGUAUUUGAUAGCACCUACAAAACAAAUCGGUACAACCUGCCCCUUGUUCCUUUUGUUGGAGUGAAUCACCAUUACCGCACAGUUAUUUUCGGAUGUGGAAUUAUUUCUCAUGAGAAUAUCGAGUCAUAUGUGUGGCUGCUGAAAACAUUUACUGAAGCUAAUGUUCAAAAGCAUCCUAUUUUCGUGAUCACUGAUGGAGACCUCGCUAUGCAGAGAGCAAUUAGUGUGGUGUGGCCGAAUUCACCGCAUAGGCUUUGCGGAUGGCAUAUUGAGUAG